CAUUUCUCCCCAGCAGGCCCGCCCAUCUGUAAACAGAUGGCCCUUAUCUGGUUCAGAAUCGAAAGCAGUACCCAUCUUUUAGACAAGUACACACGGAAAGGAUGACUCUAUCACUGUCUUCUUCUUCUCUAGCCCCGAUCCCCAGACAGCUGAAUCGCUUUCCUCGGAGAACAGGUAGAUGGAAUACAUGCAGAUUGGUUUCUGGGGACAUUGAUUUGGUUAUUACUAAGAGCAGCUUAAAAAACAAAGAAUUAAAGAGGAGUUCUUGCUUGGCAAUGGUUUCUUGUUCGAGUUCUUCCGAAACAUAUGAAGAAUCUAAGAAGGUAUGGAUAUGGACAGAGAGCAAGGAAGUCAUGACUGCUGCAGUGGAGAGAGGGUGGAACACAUUCAUAUUCUCCUCACAGAAUCAAGAACUUGCCAAUGAGUGGUCAUCAAUUGCGUUGGUAAAUUGUCUAUUUAUUAAAGAUGGAGAGGUUCUUGAUAUUGCAAACAAAAGGGUGGCCACAGUUUUUGAGGUUUCAGCUCCUGAAGAGUUGCAUAGGUUGCAACCAGAGAAUGUGCCCACAGCAAAUAUUGUUAUUAAUCUAUUAGAUUGGCAGGUGAUACCUGCAGAAAAUAUUGUCGCAACAUUCCAUGGCAGCCAAAAGACGGUGCUUGCCGUCUCACAAACUCUUUCUGAGGCACAAAUAUUUCUUGAGGCCCUGGAGCAAGGCCUAGGCGGAAUUGUUUUAAAAGUUGAGGAUAUGACAACUGUUCUUGGCUUAAAGGACUAUUUUGACAGAAGGAAUGAAGAAAGUAAUACAAUGACCUUAAACAAAGCUGUUGUAACGCGAGUCGAAAUUGCCAGCAUGGGUGAUCGAGUUUGUGUGGAUCUCUGUAGCCUUUUGAGACCCGGUGAAGGACUUCUUGUGGGAUCCUUUGCUAGAGGACUUUUCCUUGUUCACUCAGAAUGCUUGGAGUCAAAUUAUAUUGCCAGCAGGCCAUUCCGAGUCAAUGCUGGGCCUGUACACGCCUAUGUUGCUGUUCCAGGAGGUAAGACUUGCUACCUUUCAGAGCUAAAAGCGGGAAAAGAGGUGGUUGUGGUGGAUCAGAAGGGUCAUCAGCGAGUAGCAAUAGUUGGCCGUGUAAAGAUAGAGACUAGACCUCUUAUCCUUGUGGAAGCCAAGACUGACGCAGAUGAUCAAACUCAUUUCAGUAUCUUUCUACAGAAUGCUGAAACAGUUGCUUUAGUCUCACCCCAUCAAGGAAGUGGACAACAACAUACUGCAAUCCCGGUGACUUCACUCAAAGUUGGGAAUGAGAUUUUACUUAGAAUACAAGGUGGGGCUCGUCAUACAGGAAUAGAGAUUCAAGAGUUCAUUGUUGAGACCUGAACAACCUACUAUCAUUUUCUGGGGAGGGUAAAGUUUUACCGAAAGAAAUGGCAGGAAAAUUUUAGUGAUUGAAUGAUUAUCUUUUUAUCUUUAAUGAAUGUAUGAAAAUAAUAUGCUUAAUGCAAAUGAAAGUAUAUAGAUUAUGAGGAGGCUUAAAA